AGGGCAGUAUCCAGGACAUUAACAAGUACUUCAGAAUUAGAAUGGAAGGCGCAACAUCAAGUACUGCAGUGGCGGGGACAGUGCUUCCAGCUACAGAUCAGCCGGCGACUGAGCCUGGUGUCGCGGAUGCAGCAACCUCUAAGGUAGACGAAGCAGGGGGACACCAACAAGAGCAGCAGGCAGCAGCCACCGCCUCCUCCAAAGCGGCGGAAGUUCAGCCUACCGCAACCGAGCAAAGUAAAGAUGCAGCCAAGACAACUAUCAAAUCACAGCAAAAAUGUGUCUGGGUCUGGAAUGAAUUUGUUUUUGUGUUCGCCAAAAGCUUGCAUGAUCGCAGAGUGGCCGCUUGUACUGCGUAGCAGCAUCAGAAAUUUUGCGAGACAUGCUAUUUUUGCAGGUUUAUCGGUAAAACGCAUGGCAAAUGGGUUUCCAGCACGACAAAACAACUGGCCAAUCGUUGUAUUCGUGCAUUACGGAUCUUGAUGUUGUCCUCCUCCUUCAGGUCUCGCAUCACAAAUCCAGACCCAUACACAUUUUUUGCAAUGCAUGACCGCUUAUCAAAUGCAAAUAUGUCUGGGUCUGGAAGAUUGCCAGGUUUGUCAUGCAUAUUUUGCAUAACCCGUUAUGCCUGUAAUGCAUGACCUAGCAUCACAGAUUUUUAAAGGGCCUUCUUAUGCGUAUUCCGCGUGAGAAAUGCCCACUCCGUGUAGCACAAACUGAACUCCUCUUGCUGGUCAUGCCAUACAGACGGUUUUCGCUUCCAAAGACAGCAUCACAAGUUGCAACCUUCCAGACCCAGACAUAUUUGCAUUCCAUACCGCUGCGGACGGACGAAAAAUCUACGACGCAGAUGAGCUGGAAUCGUACGUGCGCGAGAAUUAUCCACUGCAAAUUUAUUUCGCUGGGGUUUGAAAAAUUCGAGCUUGUCAUGCUCUUUCUCACGCGCAGAAAAAGUCGGAACGCGUGAGCAGCGUCCGCUGUCAGUCGCAUCCACUUUUGGAACAUUGGCCACACUACGAAGAGAGGACUUCGCAUGCAGAGUAGGCAUAUUUGCAGAGCUUCUCUUGGCGGGGUGGAAACUGCAAUGCUUGCUCGACUCGGGAUUUCGCACCCUGUACUUGGCUACGCAAAACGUGCAUGACGAACUUCGGCACUUACUUACUUAUGUUCCCGACCCAGACAUACUCAUUUUCAAUCCAUAAGAAGACGCGAAUCGCGGCGGAAAAGGGGCAAAAGAACGCGAUUGCCACCGUGAAGGAGGAAAAGGGAGCCGAGGGCGCGCUGGAGCGGUCCCUGAUGGACGGGGACCAAUUUCAGACCGAGAUCGCGGUAUCGUGAGAAAAAACUGUUUCACUGUGAUGAUUUUGCAAGAUCUGCAUCACAAGUUUGCUACACAUGACACGAAAAAUUUGCAAUGCGCGCUUUCCAAUGGGAAACACACGCAAAAAUGCAAUGUGUUGCAGAUGUAGCAAGACAAGUCAUUCUGUGUUCCAUUCUAUGCAUCACAAGUUCACAGUGAAACAGUUUUUUCUUGCGAUACGCGGAGAAGGGAGUACAAUAUCAGACAUAGAUAAACGCUGGCAUGGCAUAUGAUUUGUAGUGCAGAAAUGAAUUUUCAAGCGAAAAAAUUGGCGAGCUCAUAGCAUGCUGUUUCAAGUACCAUGCAGGAGAUGAGAUCAUUUUUUUGCGUCUUUUUUGUGCUUGCACGUACAAUUUUGAUUGCCGGCUGUCGCUUUUUUCUGUGUGAUAUCCAACCCGAGUCGUUCAAGACGGUAUGCAUUGCAAAUGACGAGCGGUCUGUGUCUGGAACAAUGGAAACCAUGUGUUGUUUGACGUGGAACAAUGCAAACCAACUUUAUAACUGCGUGGUGCACGACGGUCCACCCCAAAAAAGUCGUCUUUUUUCUUAUCAGUACUUACAAAAACUACGCGAAUUCGCCAUGCAUAAGUAGUAGACGCAACUAGACCCAAUUGCCUGGGAAAAAGUUCUCGUGCCUGGCUGGGCAUUGCAUUUGCAAAGUGCCUUCACGUAGUUCUUUCUGAAUUUAGCAUUGCAAGAACGGUGGUCUCCAGAGAUGAACCCAGACUCGAUAUAUUUGCAGUUGACAGACGGGGCGGUGGUACAAGUUUCUGAACUUUUCCGGGACCUGCUACGUGUACGUGCACAACCUGACGCGCGACAUCACCGCGGUGCGCCCGGAAAAUUUUACCGAGCCUACUGCGGAGGAGCUGGUAUGGAUUGCAAAAAUGUCUGGGUCUGGAAAGUUGGAACUUGUGAUGCUGCAUUUGGAUGACAAAAAAAUCUGUAUUGCAUGAGCAGCAACAGGAGUCUAGUUUUUGCUACGCGGAGAGGGCAUUCGUCAUGCGGACUAGGCAUCAAGAAUCCCUCAAACAACCUGUGAUGCUAGGGCAUGCAUCACAGACAUCAUAGCUCAUUCAAACCGUGCGUGACAAGGCUCGGAACCUUCCAGACCCAGACAUUUUUGCAAUCCAUAGCUGGAGCAGGAGCGCAAGAAGUAUUGAAAGGAAAAACUCCCCCUCCCUAUAUUGAAAAGGUAUGUUUCCGAAAAUUAGUCUUGCUGAUUUGAGGUCACAAAUCACAUUUGUCUUGCAAGAAGACAAGGGCAGAAGCUUCCGCCCCAUUAUGGAAGCGAUUUGUCAUGCUCUUGGGCCUAAAGGGGAGCCGUUUGCCAUGCUGAACAACUAGACCAGGACGCCCCUACUUAGCAUGGGGGUCUGACCGGAAUGCCUCUCUGCAAUACCGUACACAAAUCCAGCAUCAGAAGUUCCGUUUUGAUAUGGGGAGGGGGGAUUUUUCCUUUCGAUAAGAAGGGGUUGCCGCUCACGCUGGUGAUCCCGGCCGAGCUGGACAAGAUCGGGAGCCGAAAGAAAAUCCCCCUGGUGUUAUCAAAAGGAAAAAUCCCCCCUCCCCAUAUCGAAAACGAAAUUUGUGUUGCUGUAUUUGAGUACACAAAUCGAGUUGUAUUGCUAGAAGGCCAAGAGACGCAGUCGUGGCCUCGUUUGUAGGCAAUUUGCCAUGCUGUUUCCCACUUCCACCUGCCUCCUGUCAUAUUGUAGCUGCAAGGCUUUUCCACGCCAUACAGCACUACAGUCCGCACUUUUUCCCUUCCAGCAUGACAACAUGAUUUGUGAACACAAAUCCCGCAUCACAGACUUCCAUUUUGAUAUGGGGAGGGGGGAUUUUUCAUUUUGAUAGGUGUUUUGCACGGAAGAGACGCAGGAAAAGAUUCGCACCUUUAUGAGCUACGGGCGCGGGCACGUGGUGGAAACCGGGAUGCUGAAAAGAAUUUCGGAAUUCGGGAUGGAGCACGCGAUAUCAAAUGCAAAUAUGUCUGGGUCUGGGUGCAGACAUUUGUGAUGCAGUUUUUGCCUAGCCCAGAUCUUCUGGCAUGCAAGCCCUAGCAUCGCAGAUUCCGAGCAGGUACUUAUCCCAAUGCCUAAUCCGCAUGACAUUUUCUGUAGACAGGAAGUGGGGCCGUUUGCUGACCAUGCAUGACAGAUUUUGCCGUGAUGUAGAAUUCGCAUCACGAAUUCGAAUCCACCCAGACCCCGACAUAUUUGCAACGCAUAUGCGAGAAAGGCCAUCGUGAACGCGAUGCGAUACGGCAUGUAUUUGGUCAUAGAAAUCCCCCUUCACAUCUGCGACUUCCGGGACAAGGUAUGCAUUCGCAAGUGGGAGGGCUACUUUCCGUACGCACAGCAAACAAGCUUAGUUACUUAUGCCCCCGCGGGUGGUCUUCGUGAAGUUUCUUUUAGCGCAUGAAACAGAGGGAGACGCUCAGGAGCUUGUGCACGACAUUUCGCAAACAAAAUAAUGCCUGAGUCGAGCAUUGCUAAUUGAAAUUUUUGCAUGACGAAGGCACAGACGGCGCGGGGGCAUAAUUGUAUUGCAUAAUGCGAUCGAGCUGUUCACCUUUAAGGGCUGCGACGACAAUAAUCCUGUGUUAUCCAAGACAAGAAAUAUUCUAUUAUGUCGGUAUUAUGUUAUGACACGUGCAACAUGGUUGGGCAUCAAGGUCCUACAUCUAGGCUGUACAGUUGGGAAAUGUCCUACUAGGCUGUAUAAGUGUUUUGUUCGCGCAUGGAAACAAGCCAUUGCUGCAAAGAGCAAGAAACUUGCGCUACACGACAACUGCUUUUUUUUUGCUUGGAUACUUGAAAAAGAAGAUUUACCGGCCCGAAUAUCGAAUGCAAAUAAGUACUUACUUUCAUGUCUGGGUCUGGAAAGUUGUGCUGCAAGUCUGUGAGGGACACGCAGGAGCUCCUCCAUCCAUAUACAAUUCCGAUUCAUGUCGGACAAGCAUGACAAAUGCAAAUCUCGCAAUCGUCCAGGCCCAGACAGAGACAUUUUUUUUUUUCUGUGCACACCAAGGACAUUGAGGCCAACCAGUACGUCGUUCGCAAGGGCUUUCAGGUUCUGCUUACCCUCUGCUACGACAGCCAGAACUACCAAAUGAGUUCCAUGCGGAUGGACGAGUGUCGCACAAAAAUAUACGGAGCGCAAAUGAUAGCAUUAGUGUUGGGAAGUGAUCUUCCAGCGUGCUGCUAGUCCCCAAAGAAAAACCCACCUGUAGUCGCUUGCCUUUGCCUAGUCUUGUUGUGAUGCAAGGCCGCACGGGGUUCUUGCAUGCUUUCGGUAUAAUACUUCAGAUGCAGGACAAGACCGCGGCGCGCGGCAAAUCCACGUCGUAUGCUGCGACGUGUUUUCUUGGGGCUAGCAACAAUCUCGAAUAUCACACAAAUCUUUUCCACUCUAUCAAAUACCGAACUUCGAACUGAUGGAGGUCAGUCGGUGCCGCGGUUGAGCG